UUUAACCAUUUCUCGUAACAAUUAAGGUUGAAAUGCACAAGUAAAUUAUAAAUUGUCAUACCCCCGCAUAGUACUAUCGCAACUAUUUUAACAAAGGAAAGAGAAAUUCUGUAUCAUCGAGCUGGUUGCGCGGACAAAUUUAAAAGUAAGCGCGCAAAGGUAUAGAUCGUCAGGUAGACCAUUCAGAUUACGCAGGACAAAACUUGUUCACAACAAUCUAUAUUCAGUUUUCUACAUCCUUGCGCGCCGGGAGUAUUGAUCCAGCGACAUUUAACAAAUGAUGGCACAUCCUUAACCGCACCCAUGCUCCUGCCGAUAUUAUCUCGACGUUUAUUCAUAUUUAUUUUCUACUCCUCAUUGUUACUCCUUUGAGAGUCAAUAAUUUUCAGAAAAGAGGCAGUUCAUAAAAAUGAAUAUGAAACGAUAAACAUGAAAGAAUUAUUCAAUGAUUAUUUAUAUAAUCGUACGCAAAAAAUUUGUAUGAGUAAAGCGAUUGUUUAUCGUUUUGAAUGCAUGGAUACAUUUUGUGAAUGUAUAUGUAUUACGAAUACAUGUACACGAAUUAUUGAAUGCGAGUCUAAUUUCAUUUCGAAAAAGAUAUCCUGAAGUAUAUUCGUUGUUAAAAUAUCGAUUCAAAAUGUCAAUUUAACUCCUGUUCAAGACCGACUAUUCAUGCAGUCCUUGAUAUAUUUUCUUCAUUAUAAAACUUCAACCUAACCAAGAGGAAAUGGCUUUUAUUAUAGAAAACAGACAAGUCAGUGAAAUAAAUAAUAAAGGCAAAGAACAAUUUCUUUCUUUUGAAAUGAAAGAGGAUUAUAGCUUUAAGUAUGUACCUGAAAGUCAUUUUAAGCAUAUAGUAAAAAAUGUUCAGAGACAAAGACGUAAAGAAGAUGAGGAACGUAUCUGGACUUCAUUUAUAAAAGAACAGGAGUUAAAUAAUUUUGGUUUUUGUAAACAAGAUGAUCACCGAUCUAUGCUAAAUGUUAAAGACCUGUUGCAAGAAAACAUACAAGACGUAGAUACAGAACUUAAGAGACUGCAAGAAGAUGCUCUUCCUGAACGAAAUAAAAGAAUUCAUAAUAACAAAUCUGGUAUUAGAAGGGAAAAGAUUCAUAUAGAAGCAAACCAAUCGAAGAGUGACUCUCCAAAAGAAAAGUUAUUAAUAAAGGAUAAAAGUAAUGCAGGUACUAAUGUCUCAAUUCCAAUUUCACGAGAAGAUAAUGUUUCUCCAUACAAAGAAUCUGAAGGAUUCAAAAAGAUUUCUAGAUCAAAAACUAAAAAAUCUCGGUCAGAUUCUUUGAUCAUGCAAAAGAAGUAUUACACAAAUGAACUUCUUCGUGCAACCAACCAUUUUGAAAAUAACUCAGACUCAGACUCCAGUAAUAAUAAAGAUGAUGUUGUCUAUAUACAACCAGACCCAUUCAUGAUACAAAAAAUUUUAUCCAUGCAAAAAAAAGUUGCUGAGUUAUUAAAUGAAAUUUCAUUUAGAUUGUGCAGAAUUCCUUUGCCAGACGGUGAUAAUGAUUUAAAAAGAAGACAACAGCAGACUGUAGAGUUUGCGAUAUGGUUUUCAAGAAAUUAUCUGUACAAUCUUAACAGACUUGUUACAAGCAUUCAAAGACACAUCAGGAUCGUGUCUUCCAGGGUAGGAUUAAAUCGACAUAAGAACAUUGCACUUCAUCAAGACAUGAUCAGACAAAAACUGAUCACUGCUCAUCAAUUAUUAGUUCAGGCUUUAAAUGCUUAUUGUAAGCAUAUCCCUAACUCCAUUCUCGAAAGUCAUUGUACAAAACUUCGUGAUGUAUUACAAGUUGUUUAUGAUCUGGGAGAUAUUUGUGAUAAAGUUGAGAUCUCUGCCAAUUAUUUUUGUUCAGGAGAUACGACUAUCACAUCCCUGGGAAAGGAUCUUCGAGAAAAAUGUGAUACUAUUUUGUCUAACUUAAAAUUAAGUUUAGAGAAUAAAAAUCGACUUCCACAAUAUAAAAAUAGUGAAUCUACUGUGACUCUGGCACCAGUAUCAUCACGCCACAAAGGACACGUUAAUCGAAAAAAUUUGUCUGGUCGGCUAAGCAUGUACAAUAUGGACGUUAAAAUAUCCAAGAAUAAUCAAAAGAAAAAGAAUAUUUUAAGAAGAAAAAGCUAUACUUGUCAAAAAGAAACAAAGAACAAUGUUGUAGAAUCUAAGAAUUUGUAUGUCCAACAUUGUUCAGUACCUGAAUUAUUGUAUCCUAGUCCUGUAUCAUGUACAUCAUCUUCUAAAGAGAUAGUUCAAACUGGUUCCAUGAAAAAUGCAAGCUGCCUAAAAGAAGAUGAAAUUAAAACUAUGAUGGAUGGGGUAUCACUAGAUUCUGAACAUGAUAGUAACCGAAACACCCAUACCAAAUAUAAAAAUGUGGAACAGCCUACUGCGACAAGGAAGAAAUCUUCUGUAGACAUAUGUCAAUCAAAGCAUACAAAAAAGAAAGAAAUAUGUCAAAAAGUCGAGGAUGUUACUAACGACGAUGAUUUAUUUAAAAAAGUAACAGCCAUUAGCAAAGAACAUUUAGCUACUCUAGCUCCUGUGUUAAGCGGUUUGGUCACGUUAGUUUCAAAAAAGAAAAUUGAAUCAAAAGAGAAACCAGUUUCGGAAACAUCAGUGGAGGCACUAAUUGAAUUUUUGCAAAAAUAUCAAUCUCCUAAAGAUUCCGAUACUAAAGCACCGUUGACAGACGAAGAUUCUGACCAAUAUGACUCGAAAUUAAAUGGGUCAUCUAAUGUUCAGAAACAGGAUGCAAAUGUCCGACUGAUUUGCAUGUCAUCUACGGAUAAAAUUUCUAAAACGACACAAUGCAAUGUUUCAUGUCAGGCAGAUUGUGAAACUACAUUGAAGGAUAAUGAUGACAAAAAGACUGCGAAUACCAAAGAUAAAGUAAUGUUAACUGUUUCAAAAGAAACCGAAUUACAAUUUCUAUCCUAUAGAUUGGAAUAUCAAAAACAAUGUCAGUCAAAGCCAAUGUAUUCUAGUAAUACUCAAAAUAAACCAUGGAACAUUGUAGCAUGGAUCUCUGACAAAUUAAUAGAAGAACUAAUCACUGAGAUAACAACAGAAUUGCAGAUGAAUGAAUGCAGCGCCAAUGAAGAUAGAAUGAGACAAGCAAUUUUGAGAUUAUACAAAGAUUUGUUACGUUACGGUGAAAAUUUAAAAUAUACAGACAAGGCAUACUUUCGGUAUAAAAUUCGUAGCAAUUUUAAAGAAAAUAAAGAUAUAACCGAUCAAAAGCAAAUCGAAUUGCAAUUACAGAAGGGGCAAAAGUUAUUGCAAGAACAACGAGUUGUAUAAUUAUCUGUAACAAAACUGUAAUUCUACAAUGUUCACGUCGUUAAAAUUAACAUCAAAUUUGAAGUAUUUUCUGAACAAAAAUUAUCAACUGUUGAGUUAUCAAAAUAGUUUGAUCAGUGUUAUAAAUACUGAUAACCAAAUUCGGUAUAAAUCUUAUAAACGUUUUUUAGACUACACAAAUGUUCCUAAACUCGAAGAAAGCGACUUGGAAGAACAGUUUGUAAAAGGAAGUGGACCCGGUGGUCAAGCAACAAACAAAAC